AUGAUUCAGGCCCGGCCACAGUUCGCAUCAUCGCUCGACUUCGUCCAGAUCGAUGGGUUUGAGAACCCUGGCGGGCUUGACGAUGCAGUCAAAGAUAUUGACGCCGUAAUCCAUGUCGCCAGUCCUCUCACGUACGAUACAAAAGACAAUGAGAAAGAGCUCAUCAUCCCUGCGAUUAACGGUGUGAAGGCUAUUCUAGAGGCGUCGGCGAAAGGGAAGGUCAGACGAGUUGUCAUGACUUCGUCUUUUGCAUCUGUCUUGAACGCCGACCGCAAAGCACCGCCAUACUUUGUUUACACUAGCGAAGAUUGGAAUCCCUUAACAUACGAGGAUGCGGCUGCCCCUAACACGCCGGCUCAUAUCGCCUACCGUGGAGCGAAGAAGUUUGCAGAGAAAGCAGCCUGGGACUUUGUGCGAGAUCAGAAACCCGGGUUCGACAUCGUAACAUUAUGUCCUUCUAUGACGUUUGGUCCCAUUGUCCAUCCCGUCGACAGCUUGGACAAGCUUAACGAAUCGAACUCAAUGCUGUGGAAGGUAGCGCAAGGACAGCCAUUGCCGACAGCACGCGUACCAUCCUGGAUCGAUGUUCGUGAUCUGGCCAAGGCCCAUGUAGAAGCGUUAUUGCGACCAAGCGCAGGCGGCAGACGUUUUAUCCCGGUGCCUUCUGAGGGGUUUUCAUACGAUCUUGCGGCUAAAAUCAUGGAGGAAGAGUUUGAUUGGGCGCGAGGAAAGGUGCAGCGUGAGGACCAGCCUAUCGAUGAGUCUUACGGAAUAGAUGGCGAGACCGCUGCCCGCGAAUUGGGGUUAGAAUAUAGAAGGUUCCGGGAAACUGUUGUUGACUUGAUUUCACAGCUGUCUAAAUGGGAUAAAUAA